AUGUCUGGUUUUGGAUAUAGGAAUGUGGUUGUAGAAACAGAUUCGUUGGGGUUAAGUGGGAUGAUACAUGGAGAAGAAGAAAUCUGGCUUAUCCUACAACCUAUCAUACACGACAAAAUCCAUAUGCUGAAGGCAAAUCUGGGGUUCAAUGUGUUGUAUUCUGUUACACCUUUGUGGCUGAAAGAUGUUGUAGAGGCUGAUAUGCCUAUGGAGACAUUGUAA